CUUCCGUCGACCUGAAACCGCAACAACGCCUUCCUGACUUUGCUUGAAUUUCAGCGGUGCUAUAUACUCGGUGCCUCCUCACUUCCCGCAACCCGUCAAUCGACUUUCAAUUCAAGGGAUAAUCAUGGUUAUCGAUUCCGCCGGGCCCAAUGGCGCGCCAUAUUCGGCAGCCGCCGCACCAAACAGGUCGCUAGAGGGACACAAGCUCCUCCUGCUCAUACCGGAGGCUCCGCCACAGGAAUAUCUGGACAGGCUGCAUACAAACUUCCCGGGGCUCGAGGUCGUUUACCACAGGCUGGAUUGGAGAGAGACAAAGACUCAGACACUGUUUCCGGAGGAGGAAUGGAAAGACAUCACGAUCCUGCUCGCGUCCGGAAACGCUCUCCCUACCAAGGAUCUAGCGCCGAAGCUCCAGUACGUCCAGCUCAUGAGCGCUGGCGCCAACCACGUCCUCAAGAACCCGCUGUUUUCGGAUACCGAUAUCGCGUUCUGCACUGCCAAUGGCGUUCACGGGCCCCAGAUAUCUGAGUGGGUUAUCACCACAUUCCUGGCUUUCCAGCAUCACAUCCCGCACUACCUGGAUCUGCAGCGCCAAGGCAAGUGGCAAAGGAGCCACACGAUCGUCGACGACGCCGUGGGCCAGAGGGUGGGUAUCCUCGGCUACGGCAGCAUCGGCCGGCAGGUUGCGCGGGUAGCAAAAGCCCUCGGGUCAGACGUGCACGCCUACACGCUGCAUCCCCGCAACACGCCCGAAUCACGCCGAGACGAGUCCUACACCCCUCCCGGCCUCGGCGACCCCGAGGGCGUACUCCCCUCGAAGUGGUUCUCGGGCGACACCAAGGAAGAGCUCCACUCCUUCCUCUCCUCGGGGCUCGACCUCCUCGUCGUCUCCCUCCCACUGACCGACAAGACGACGCACCUGCUGUCGGCCCCCGAGUUCCAGAUCCUCUCCGCCAAGAAGACCUUCGUCUCCAACAUUGCGCGCGGCCCCAUCGUCGACACGGCGGACCUGAUCGAGGCCCUGGACACGGGCCUGAUCCGCGGCGCCGCCCUCGACGUGACGGACCCGGAGCCGCUGCCCGACGGCCACGCGCUGUGGGGCGCCAAGAACGUCAUCGUCACGCCGCACGUCAGCGGCGCGUCGACGGCGUACAACCAGCGCGUGUUCGCCAUCUUGGAGCAUAACCUCGGGCGGUUUAGCGAGGGGAAGGGGCUUACGAAUAGGGUCAGUAGGAGGGAUGGUUAUUGAUUCGGGUCUACUGGCCUUGAUGCCGGGCACGUACCGGGUUUGUAGCAGUUGCUGCCUUUAGUAGGGACGUCUGGGGGCGAUUUUGUGAUUGCAUUUGCUUCUGAGAAGAAGAGCCAAGGCAAUGUAAUUACCUUCAAGAUGAGCUCUACCACAUUGUGAAGCCAGAGAUGUCGUCCUCUAAGGAUAUCCCAUGUCAGUGUGUAUCGGAAGGGGUUUAUGCCCUGACUUCUCUGUUUUAUCUAUCACCGACUCUUAUUUUUCAGA